AUGGACCUCGCGUCGGCGGCCGCGAUCGUCAAUUCGGCCAAUGCCAAGGGACGAGAAACAGUCAAGGUCGUCGUGCGCUGCCGACCGCUCUUUGGCAAGGAGAUCACUGAGGGCCGGCAGUCGAUCGUGACCAUGGACGUGGCCGCCGCGGUCGUUUCCAUCAAGUGCCCUGACAGCGACGCGUUAAAGAGUUUUACGUUCGACUCGGUCUACGACGAGCACACGGUGCAGCGACAAUUUUAUGACGAGUCGGGCUACCCGCUGGUCGAAAGUGUCUUUGAGGGCUACAACGGCACCAUCUUUGCGUACGGCCAAACGGGCUGCGGCAAGACGCACACGAUGCAAGGCAAGGACAGCCCCCCCGAACUCCGCGGUGUCAUCCCCCACGCGUUUGACCAUGUCUUUGAAAACAUUGGCGCCGACACGGAGCGCGAGUACAUGGUCCGCGCCACGUACCUCGAGAUCUACAACGAAGACAUUCGCGACCUCCUCGGCGACGACUCGAAGCAAAAGCUAGAGCUCAAAGAGAGCGCUGACGGGGGCGUGUACGUCAAAGACCUCACCGAAGUCGUCGUGAGCGACGUGGCCAGCAUCAACCGUGUCAUGGCCCGUGGGUUCAAGAACCGCACGAUUGCCGCGACGCUCAUGAACGAAGGGUCAUCACGGUCGCACUCGAUCUUUACCAUUGUGGUUGAAAUCAGUGAAAAAGUCAACGGCGAGGAGCACUUUCGAGCGGGCAAGCUCAACCUUGUCGACUUGGCGGGGAGUGAGCGGCAGAGCAAGACAGGCGCGACGGGCGCGCGGCUCAAGGAAGGCUGCAAGAUCAACCUGAGUCUCUCUGCGCUUGGCAAUGUCAUCUCUGCCUUGGUGGACGGGAAAGGAAAACACAUUCCGUACCGGGACUCGAAGCUCACGCGGCUGCUUCAA